GUCUGGCGAACGAUGCCUAUAUCGUCAAGCUGAAUUCUCACCUUUUUCAACCCUUUAUGAUGUAUUGAUGAGCUGUCAGACUUGUGCAACUGAGAGCUCAGAUCUCGUAUAUAUACUCGAGCUUUUUAAUGAAAUGUGUCUAUUCUCCUCCUCCCGUCCACAACAUCACCUUGGACAUACCUAUCCUUGACACCAGGGAAGGAAAAUGGGCAUCAUCUCUGGCGUGUCCCAUCUCUUCUUUUAUGUUGUGAUCACAUCUUGGGAUGUCCUCCUGACGCUCGCCAACCUCAUGAGGAGGAAGCGCCCUAUCGGUCAUGUCACCCCCAAGGGUCACCCAGGUUAUGAAGGGGACUGGCCCGAGUAUAAGCCUCCCAAGGAGACUGACUCCCGCUGCUCGUGCCCUGCACUCAAUGCGAUGGCCAACCACGGCAUCAUCUCACAUAGCGGCCGUGGGAUCUCGUUUGUCAAGCUUAACCACCAUAUCCGGGCAACCUACAACUUCAGUCCUACCUUCUGCUCAUAUCUGCUGUACUUUGCCUCUCGCAUUCUUAAGAGAAGCUACAGCGAGGAUACAUUUGAUUUGGAAGAACUUGACCAACAUAAUGCUAUUGAACACGACGCGUCUCUCUUACGCCUUGACUCCGCUUUUGAACCGGACCAAUCGACAAAGUACAUACCCUUAAUCGAGGAGCUCCUUGCGGGGGCUACUGGGAAGGACAGGAAGGGCAAUCAUGUUAUCACCACCAAAGACCUCUCCAGGAUGCUCGGCAAGCGUCGUGCAGAAGCCCGUUUGGUCAACAAGGAGUUCUCUCUCAGUUUUUUACAAAAGAUCUUUUCGAGCACGAAGGCCUCGACCCUAGUCACAAUCUUUGGAGGCCGCGUGGAUCACCUCCACAGCUUUCUUCUCGAGGAGCGACUUCCAGAGGGUUGGGAGUCGCGCAUCCGCGACCCUUAUGGAAUGACUCUGACGACCUUCAACAAGACUAUACUGGCAGUUGAGUUCGGUGUGUGCGAAAGGGAUUGGGCAGAAGCCCCAUGAGAUGCUGCAGAGUAUGGUACUGCUCCUGCUUAAGUCUUGCGUUACCAUCAUCGCAUGCGUUGCUCACUUAUUCAAUGACCGAUGAAAAUUGCGCAUCGCAUUGAAUCUGAUCGAAGACCAGCGCAGUUGCAUGUUCCUCAUUUUAGAGAGAUUACUCCACGUCCAGGCCUUCCCUUUCGUUAUCAUAUGUACACUCGAGACUGCACGAAUACCUUCUCGAGGAUCCGAAUGGUAUUCACGCCCUUAGCCACGACCCUGUUAACAACGGCGGGCUCUUGUCAAGGCGCCACCACCAGACAAACGCAAGUGCCUCCGGGUUAUGGACAAAUACCUCGAACACGAAACACCCCAUUCAUAUGUA